GGAACUCAUCACAACUCAAACACUCUACUUGUAUCUCACAAUGGCAGGCACAAAGCUAAUAUCACUUGGGCUCCUUGUUCUCAUAGGCAUAGGACUAGCCAAUGCUGUGAGGGUGGCCAGAUACUCUAGUGCUGAUGGGACUGGCACAGGAGAGGGACAGGGUGGUGGAUAUGUUAAUGGUGGGGGAUCAGGAUCUGGGUCUGGCACCGGAUCUGGUGAUAGUAGUCCUUAUGGUGCCCAUGCAAGUGCUGGAGGGGGUGGUGCGGGUGGUGGAGCUAGCCAAAAUGGUGGGUCUGGAUAUGGUUCAGGAUCAGGGUCAGGGUCGGGGUCAAGUACAUACAGUCAGGGAGGGUAUUAUUCAGGUUAUGGAGAAUCUUCUAAUGCUGGUGGUACUGGUGGGGGUGGGGGUGGUGGACAAGCUGGAGGUUAUUGGAAUUCCAACGCUCAAGGAUCCGGUAGUGGCACUGGUUCUGGUUCUAGCUAUGCUAACAGGUAUUGGGAUGGAUCAAGUGAAGGAGGUGCAAAUGCUAAUGGCAAUGGCGGUGGCAUGGGGAAUAGUCAAAAUGGUGGGGGCGGCGGUGGUUCAGGUGAUGGGUCUGGAUAUGGCAAUGCCUACCCAUGAACUUGAUAUCAGUUAAUCUAAUGUUGGGCCCACCAUCUUUCCUUGUUUGAAGUUGUAGGAUUAUUAUUUUCCUUGCCUCUUUGUUGUGCUUUUGGUAGAACCGAAUUAAUAAAGGGUCCAACUAUCUUGUAAGGUCCAACUUAUAAGAUGAUGUUGUAACAGUGUUUGUUAAUGAAAACUAUAUAUCAAAAAAAUUCUUAUGUUUAUUC